AAAAAUCAACUGAAAAGUUUGCCUCGGAUUCGAUGCGAAAAAUGUACAGUGUGUUUGUUUAGUGAAUUGUGUUAAAGAAGGUUUGUUAAACAAAGCUGAACAACGAUGAUUUCGAAUGCUUUGUGCAAUUUAGAACAAUGUGUCGACACGGCCGGAACGCAGCUCGACUCGUUGGCGAUCAAACUUGUAGAUGUGGAGCGCAAUUUGGACGAGAAUGAGCUGGAAUCGCUCGAAAACGAGUCGGUGAUGGAGCUGCUGGAGUCGGUGACGGAAGUGAAAAAUGAGUAUCAAAACCUGCGCAAGGAUCUGCAGGAGGUACAACAGCUACAAAAGGAAAUGACUUGCUCGCUGCGCUACCAGCUACGCAACAUGACCCAGACGUUCCGAGUGUUGAAGAAGAAGAUUGAGUCAAACUCUGUCCCGGUCCACCACCUGCCGCCACCCACAGGAGGCGGUUCCUCACGAACCGGAGUUAACAGUGAUGCGCACGGAUUCACGCCGCUCGUGCUGCCGCAGCCCGAUCUCACGACGGCACACGUGCAUGGCCCGAAGCGGACCGGUGGUCUACUGAAGAGUGUCAGUAAGAACUGAGUAAACCGUUCACGUGCAUCGUUUGGGAAAAUUCGAAGCACUAUUCUUGCUGGCAUUGAUCAGCUGACGACAAGCAUUGCCUGCAAGGUUCUGCGCUACGGUGCUCGCCAUUACGCUCCUAUUCGUUGACCUUCCCAUCGUUUCGCUUCUGUUUCUUCUGUCGGCCCACUGUCCUCGCUAACCAUUAUCGAUUGCAUCAGCGGCACACAAAAACCUGUCAUAACGGUGAAGCAAGCGGCUUUCCGCGCCAACAACUUCCAUAUGGACGCAUCUCCCGGUAAUCCGUUGUGUAGCGUAUGAUUUCCUUCCAACAAUUGUUCCUGCUGCGCAUUCCUGCUUUGGUUUUUCAAUGUGAACCGCGUUUAUAGUUUUCUCAUAAAAUCAUCACUGAUACGAGCAUCGGGUGCUUCAAUUCGCCUCCAUCGCGUUAUCGGUGUUCCGCUCCGUUCAUCGCCGUCUCAUGCGCCACCACAAGCCGAAAGCUACCGGCAGCCGGUCGUUCAGCAUUUGCCCUCCAAGGCAUCAUACAUUCUUUUUCCCCGAAAAUCUCCCGGUAGCACAAUGGACGAUAGAGGAUAGCAAAAUGUCACGACGAGCAUGUUCGAAGCCCAUCAUUGACGACUUUCAUUCCCAUAGUCUAGAAGAGGAAGCAGUUCCAAGCAGUUGUAGUAGGCCAAGCUAGGGUUGUUUGAACGCGUUAAUGUUGUUACAGACCGAACUUACUAAACUACCAGCAAAAGCGAAUUGAUCGAAAGAUAGUGAAAGGUCGAAUGUUGGCUGACUUAUUGAUUUCGUUUGCUGUUUGUUUUGUAAAUUUAUUGCUUUUUUGUGUGCGGUUUUUUUUUGCGUUUGCUGUAAUCGUCGCUUGAUCGAUUUUUAUGCUUCAUGCUCCAUCGUGUUUAUAUCUAUCACUGUGCAGUCGAGUGUAGUCUAUGUUCAUGCUUUAUGUUGACCCCUACGUAUAAGUUAGUAUCUUUGAUCGCCUUAUCGAUUUGAAUUUCAUGUGAUGUACAUUUUGAAUUUUCCACUGCUAGUUCGUAUGUAGUUUUUUAUGCCGACACUUGCAUUCCAAAAGCACGAACGAACCUGUGUGCAUGUGUGUUUGAUAAUGAGUGUAUUGUAUCUAUUUUAUCCGCACGAUCAAACAAAAUCAAACACACGAACACGUGGCGCAUGUAUUUUUGCCAUAUCUCAUCGUAUUCGCGUGAUCGAGCACCUUUCGUGCACCAAGUAUACACACAUUAAGCGUAAAGAAAAACCUACACGCGCCAAAAUAUAUGUCUUAACUAUAUUCUAAAUCACACACAUUAUGUAUUUUUAAAUCGUACUAGUAGUAGUUAAAGUGAAAUGUAGACAAUGAAUCGAAUUCGCACCCAAGAUGGUGCGAAUUAGUGGUGACUUUGUUCCAUGUUAUAUGUAAGAGUUGAACCUAGAGAAUGGAAAAUACUAACAUAAGCAGACCUAGCCUUAGCGGAAUUGAAUGCACUGUAUGAUGUCCUGUUGCAGUAAAGGUGUUAGUUGAUGUUUUUACUCAAGCAACUGAAUGGUUCCUUUUCACGCUUUCAUAAGUUUGCUUAGUAAAUUCAUUUCUCCGAUUUUUUUUUUCGUGUACUAGCUCGAUUGCUACGUCAAUGCCGAAUUUUCAGCAUUGUUGCACCUUUUUCUGUUUCCAUCUUGUAUCGUGUACUACGAGCAUAAGCAGUUUGCCGCAUGUUACAAUAUUAUCACGUAUGACGACACCUUUCCUCACAACAUUACACAACCCGUUGCCAUUUGAUGUAUCUUCGAAUUUUUUCGCACGAUGAACGGAUGCGGUGAGAGAAGUCUGCAAACAGCGCCGGCGAUUUUCUCGACAAGAUCCGAUCCGUGCUGUUUCCAAUUCUUGCACAGAUUCGAUCAGCUUCCGGAGCUCGCUGAGUGAGGAGUGAGGAUGUUUUUCGUUUCUUUUUUUUCUAUUGUAGGGCAAACGAAAGCCAGCUCAGAACGUACGUAUACUUUACAAACUAUUAGUACCUGACUUGGUUUGGACCAUUAGCGUUUCCGGCUACUGUAGACUGUCGAAGGAAAUGUGGUAGCCGAUGCAACUUCCUUCAGCCGACCAGUCCCGCGUUUUAGGUGCUUUCCAACCACACUACAUCCUGUUUGCAAAAUCCUCUUCUAAUGGCGGUAUGAUUCUGAACGGAAGUAAAGGCUACAACGGAAUCGGAAGGGAACUAUGAAUUUCAUUCAGGCGAUGAAUUUCAUUCAGGCGAUGAAUUUCAUUCUGGCGAUUCAGGCAAGCGAGAGAACAAUUACACUUUCUUUUAAGUGAGUAAUUGUAGAAAUUGUUUCGUGUGUCAAACUCGAAAAUAGAUCUGGCAAUUUCAAAAGAAAUCGUGGUUAUGCGGAACAACUGGAAGAUCUUACCGAUUUGUUCGUUAAACUGCAAAAUGUUGCCCUCAUAUUUCAAGCUGAGUUGUUACUCAACUUACAAGACCUGGUUUUUGCAGUGCUGGAACUUUAACAUUAUGUAGACAGUUUCCUUUGCAAUAGACUUCUCUCAAUACCAACUGGAAAUAAACAUGCAAAGGAAUGAAUCUCAUAAAAGAAGGAAUUUUUGAUGAUGAGAAGAUAAUAAAUGUUUCA